AUGUUGGUGGCCAUCGUUGAUGAUCUUGUAGUUAGUGUUGAUAAUAUUUUACUUGAUGAUUCAAUGAAUACAAUUGAUUCAAUGAAUACAAUUGAAUCAAAUACACAUGCUCAACAAUCCUAUAUUGGUAUAAUAAUUCCACAUUAUAGUGAAUCUAAAUCUGGUUUAACAAAAGGUCAAAUCGCUGGUAUUACAAUUGGUUCUGUUUGCUUUGCAACUGUAAUUGUUGUUAGUAUUGUUUACUCUGUUCACAAAACAAAGAAAAACAAAAAAUGCAAGGAAAUUAGAAGCCUUUAUUACCCUCAAUAUUUGACACAAAGCGUUUGUGGUGUUUAUCAUUAUAUUUUAGUAAAUAAUUCUACUCAACAAUCCAAUAUAGAUAAUUUAUUUCCAGCUAGUUUUUUUUUAACUUCAACCAGUGAUUUUAGUCUUUAUAGCCAUUUUGAGUAUUUAAACAUUGGGGAAACAAAAAAUAUUAUUUUUACAGUUAAUGAUGGUAAUCAAAACAAUGGAUAUUUAAAUGUUAGUUAUAUUUGCAAAGAGGUUGAAGUAUCAUUAGUAACAAUAGAUAUUAUUCAAGAGGUUACUUGGAAUGAUGUUUAUAAAUAUUCAUCAAUUGUAAGAUUAAAUGGAGUACCAGAUGAAAGUACAAUGCCUGAGAGUGAUUUUGCGACAUUAAAUAGAAUGGGAAACUCUCAAUACCGAAUUUUAUAUAGUGAAAAUUAUUAUUUAAAAAUUGCACCAAAUUCAAAUAUAUGGGAUAUUGAUUUAAAAUUUACAAGUAAUCAAGUUUUAAAAGUUUCAGUACCAUUUAAUCUUUUAGAUCCAAUUAUUUCAAUAACUGAUAUUCAAGAAUACAAGUGGAGAGACCUUCGAUACAAUGCUUUGUAUGGUACUGGAAUUGAAUUCACAUCAAAUUCAUCAAUUCAAAGACCAGUUUAUUCUUUUGAAAGUAGUCCGUUCUACUUUACUCCUAAACCAAUAUCUGGUGUAAAAGGUAAGGUUAAAUAUUUCGUUAACCCAAUGCCACUUUUGUUUGGAGAACAAAAUUUUAAUUUUUAUUCCCAAAAGGAGGAUAACUCAUUCAAGAAUGAUUUCAAUUCAACAUUUAAUUUCCAAAUAACAACUUCAAAUCCAUUGGGUACACCAACCGUUAGCCUUGAUAAUACCACAACAUCAAAUUUUAUAACUGUAAAGUUUAAUGGUUUUUCCAGAUAUGAUUUUAAAACUUUGACUUGUAAUUUCAAACAAAUAUUUGAUUCUGGUUUUAUUUAUGAUUUCCCAUUUGGAUUUAUUAAUGGUAACAAUGAUAAUAAUCAAAUGAGUAUUUCCACUCCUAUUUCACCUAAAUCAUUUCAACAAAGUUUUUCUUGGAACUGUGGUUCAUCAUUUGUUGAAGUAAAUAAAGAUUUUUAUAAAAUUGUCAUUUUUAAAGCUCAAGAUGAUGUAGGUGUUAAAUAUAUCGAUCAUAUUAUAGAUGGUGUUUAUUUAAGAUUUGGAUCUCAAAAUUUAGUAUCAGGUAAUAAUUUAAAUGGUGCUUGGGAAUAUGUGCAUGAUGGAGUAAACUUGGGAAUUGAUACCCAAAAUGCAGUUUCACUUAUUAAUGAAUUGGAUUUAAAAACAACUUAUACCCCAUUAUAUCCAUUUUCAAUUACCAAUCCUGAUCAAAUUAUGAUUUUACCUGGAAUUCAAUUAAAUAAUACAGUAAAUUAUUAUAAAGAUUUAAAAAAUAUUUCAUUCUUAUUUAAUAAUGUCCAUGUUACAAAUCAAAGUGUAGAUAAUAUAAUGUAUUUUACAUUUGAUAAUAUUGAAAAUUAUAAAAAUUUAGCAAUUGGUUUUUCAUUAUCUGAACCAAAAACAUUAAAAGAUAAUAAUGCACAAACAGAUUAUUCCUUAAAGUACAGCCCUAAUUAUAAAUUUGCAAAAUGGGAUGAAUCAAAUAGUAGAUUUAGUGUAAUGUUUAAAAUGCCAGCAAAUAUAGUACCAGGUGUGUUGGAUUGGACUUUAACAUUUGCCAAAUAUAAUACACUCAUAAACACAGCAUUACCAGAUAAAUAUCAAUUAAAUAUAAUUUCAGAGAAUAUUGAUAUUGUAGGUCCAAUAGUUACAAAAAUAGUUAAAAAAUCGCAAUCAGAUUUUGGAACAUCAAAUGUUGGUUGGUUAUUAACAAUUGAAGAUGAAAUUAAUGGAUUUUUAAAUGGUUUUGUAACUGUUAAAGGUAGUUUAGAUUCGUCAGUAUAUAAUUUUUCAAUUUCACCUUCAACAGCUGUUAGAGGAAGUGGAGAUAAAUGGAAAGCAGAUUAUUUAAUUUCAAUACCAUUACAAGAUAAUUUAAAUAACUAUGGUUGUAUUGCUCAAGAUUAUAUUAUAGUCAAUGCUUAUCUUGGCGAUACAUUUGGUAAUGUAAAUAAUUAUAUGGCUGUGCUUGAUAAUGAAAGAGUUCUAAGUCCUCUUAGCAUUGUUUCAGUUGUCAAUCCAUUUUACCUUUUACCAUAUGAAUCAUUGACACUUUCAGUAGAUAGCACAAAUUGUAGCACAGCAUUAGAUACAUCUCCACCAACUUUAAUUAGUUUUACAGCAUCAAAAACAAAUAUUGAUGUUGGUUCUCAAGAUAGAUCAAUUACUUUUAAUUUCAAAGCACAAGAUUUAGAUAGUGGUUUAAAGAAUAACCAAUUUCCAGCUAUUUAUUUAAUUGAUGAAAAUUUAGGUUCAGUAGAAUGCAUUUCAAAAAUUGAAUCAAGAACAUCAACAGAUGCAGAAUAUUCAUGUACAGUUGAAAUACCAGUUGGCUUUGGUUAUCCACUCGGAUUUACAGUUUCAGUUUAUGGUUUCAUUAAUAAUGGUGGCUAUUAUUCAGGCUAUUCAAGUGAUUUACUUAAAUCUAUGGGUUCAACUGCAUGGUUUAUUACAACUGAUCAAUUUUCAAUGGAUAUUCCAAUUAUAAAAUCUUCAACAGGUAUAACAAAUCAAGGAGGUGAUAUAUUGUUACAGGGUAGAGGUUUCUCUUCAAUAGAUACUGUUAAUAUUGUUUACUAUGAUUCCCAAUUAGUAUCUCAACCAAUUACAGGUAAUAGAUACAAUAGUGCCUUAGUAAUUACAGGUAUCAAACCAACAAAUCAAUCAUUCACAGUUCAACUUUUAAAUUCAUUACAACCAGUCAAAAAAUCAAACAUUAUUACAAUUACACCAGAACUAUACUUUUUCAACUACACUGACCCAGUUCCAACUCAACCUCCAACUAAACCUCCAACUCAACCUCCAACAAAAUCACCAAUUCCAACAAAUCCACCUCAAAAAUGUUUAGGUAACCCAGAAUGUGGUGGAGAAAAUCAAGGUGUUUGUACAAAGAAUGGUUGUGUUUGUAUAACUCCAUAUUAUGGUAAAGAUUGUAGUUCAAAACUCUUAGAAGUUAUACCACCAAUAAUUAAUGGAAGUAAUCCAUCAAUAGAAAUUCCAAUUCCAGGUGAUAAUGGUGGUGGUUCUUCUACGACCACUGGCGGUAAUCCAAACUUACCACCACAAAUUAUUUACAAAUCAUUAAUUUCAAUUGUUUCAUUAAGAGAAUUAGAUUUCAAUGGUAAUCCAAUCAAAACCAUUCCAUUAAAUACAUGGUCAUUUAAAGAAAUAAACUCAAAUACUAGUAGAUACGAUACAACAAUUUCAAUUGAAGGUAAAGAUGAAAAAGUUAAUGUUACAACAACAAUGCAAUGGUUUUCAAAAACUUCAAGCGUUACAUUCGCAGGUCAACAAUUAACAAUGAAUCCAUCAUCAAUUAAAUUCAAUGUUGAUAUUACAAAUUACCCAUUCUCAUCAGCAUUAAAUCAACUCCAAUUGGUAAUGUCUGCAACAUUACUUUCCACAGGUGAUAAUAGCAAUGAUGAUGUAUGUUCCUCAAAAUCAUUUGGUGAUACCACAAAUGGUGACGAUUCAAACUUUAUUAAAUUACAAAUUGAUGAUCAUUCCGUUUACGGUAGAUUUUUAAAAAGAGCUAUCGUUGAUGAUCUUGUAGUUAGCGUUGACAAUGUUUUACUUGAUGAUUCAAUGAAUACAAUUGAAUCAAAUACACAUGCUCAACAAUCCUAUAUUGGUAUAAUAAUUCCACAUUAUAGUGAAUCUGUAUCGAUUGAUCCUGAUUUUUCACUUUUAAUCGACCAAAAUGCGGCAUCACAAUCAAGUGAAAAUUCAAUAUGUUCAAAGAAAUCUGGUUUAACAAAAGGUCAAAUCGCUGGUAUUGCUAUUGGUGCUGCAGGUUUUGCAACUGUAAUUGUUGUUAGUAUUGUUUACUCUGUUCACAAAACAAAGAAAAACAAAAAAUUUGCUGUUUCAAUGUCAAAGAAAUUAGGAGCUUUAAAUUAG